CUGAGCUAAUCUGCCGAGGCCCGUCUCGCCCCGCCGGAAGAGAGAGAGAGAGAGAUGUGGACUCGACUUCAGCGAUGCUGCGGCGCAAUCGGAUUCGCAGAUUCCGUGAUUUUCAUAAGUAGUGUAUGAGGGAGUUUAUCCAGAAUGCGGAGAACUCUUUGACUCCAAUAGACUACUUUAUCAAUCACGACUGUGCUGAGAAAUACCCCGAAUCGCCCCUCCUUCGUCUUCUUCCCCGCCAUCAGGCCCGGUUAUAUUGCUUGACUUUGGCGGCCUUGUAUAAUCUUACUUCUGAACCUUACUCAAUCAGUGAUCUGCGGGUUCACCAGGUCUGCAAUCGCUAGUAUAGCCCGUGAAGAUGGCGACGCAGCUCGUGGCUCUUCCGGAGGUUGAGCGCCUCAGUGCGUCGGUGAUCAGGAUUCUGGGCGGGAACCCGGGGAAGUUCACCCUACAAGGAACAAACACAUACCUCGUCGGCCGCGGCUACCAACGCAUCCUCAUCGACACCGGCCAGGGCGAACCAGCCUGGGCCAAACAACUCCAGUCCGUCCUCUCCGACGAAAAGGCCACCGUGCACCAGGCCCUACUCACCCACUGGCACGGCGACCAUGUCGGCGGCCUGCCCGACCUGAAGCGGCUCUGUCCCGAGGCUCAGAUUUUUAAACAUCACCUUGAGUCGGACGAUAAGUAUGCCGAUAUCAAUGAUGGACAGAUCUUUCGCGUAGAGGGGGCGACGCUGAAGGCGUUGUUUACGCCCGGUCAUACGGAGGAUCAUAUGGCGUUCGUGUUGGAGGAGGAGGAUGCGAUAUUUACGGGCGAUAACGUCCUCGGCCACGGCACCGCCGUCUUCGAAGACCUCAAAACCUACCUAUCCAGUCUGCACCGCAUGCGCGACCGCGUCCAGGGCCGCGGAUACCCGGGCCACGGCGCCGUCCUAGAGAGCGCGACCGCCCGCAUUGCCGAGUACAUCCAGCACCGGCAACAGCGCGAGGACGAAGUGCUUCGGGUGCUGCGAUAUGGCAAGUUGGACGUGGCGGAUGGUGAAUCCGAGCCCGAGCAAAGACAGGCGUGGACACCGCUGCAGCUGGUGAAGCAGAUUUAUGUCGGAGUCCCGGAGAAUUUGCACUUGCCGGCUUCGCAUGGGGUGUCGCUGGUGUUGGCUAAAUUGGAGGGGGAAGGGAAGACGGUGGAGGAGGAUGAUGGGAGGUGGCGGUUGGUUGGGGGGAGGAGUGCGUUGUGACUAUAGGUGGUGAUUACCGUAUUUGGUUGGUGUAGGAUCGAAUUGAAUCGAAUUGGAUAUACAUAUAUAUGUAUAUAUAUCGACUGAUUUCUAUUGUGCUAUCUUUAGAUUGAUCUAGGCUUUGGGCUACUAAACAAAAUAGUGGUGAUAGUUGCA